GGGAAGAAACGUCGCUGCCUCAGACGAAGCAGGGGACCAUAUGCUGACCCAGAAGACCUGUAUGAUUUUGUUUUUACUGUUGCUAGAGAGGAUAAUUCAGGGAUACUCAACAAAAACAGCACCACAGAUGGAGAAAACACUGAGAACUGGACUAGUUCCUCCCCAGGAUCUCCGUGCACUGGCCAUGCUGCCUGUAAGAAAAGAGUAGGAUCUGCUGGGAUCUUUUCUCUGAAAGCCGCUCGCCACUUCCGAAGCGUGUCCACGCUGGAAUUGUUCUCCAUUCCUUUGACUGGGGAGACUUGUCGGACUCUGAGUAACCUGCUGAGCUCCUGGGUGUCUUUAGAAAACUUGGUUCUGUCUUACAACGGGCUGGGUGCUAACAUCUUCUGUAUCCUCUCUGGGCUCCGGGCCCUCUCCCGCCACUCGGACUGCCAUCUCCGCGUGGUGCGUGUGAGCGACGUCUUCUCCCACAUGCCUUGCAUGGAGCUUGUUCGCUGCGUCCUGAGAGCCUUUCCCCAGCUCCACACGCUCUCGGUCAGCUUCGACCUCAAAAACCAGCUGGAGGGGAACAGGCCAGAGGGGAGUCCAAGCUGCAGUGAGGUAGAAAUCCCAGAGAGCUGCCUGGAGCAGCUGGAGAUCAGAUUCCCCAGGGAACCUCUGCACACGCCAGUGCUCAAGGCGUCCAAGUCCCUGCAGCAGUUGUCCCUUGACAGUGCCACGCUGCCCUGUUCUCAGGAGCUUGGGCUCCUUUUGGAGGCACUCAAAGAGUGUAAUCCAAAUUUGAAGAAACUGAGCUUUCAUGAUGUGAACCUGGCUGAGCACCAGAAAGAAGUUCUGCUUUUGCUUCAGGAUCCUGUCCUGCAAGAAAUCACGUUUUCCUUCUGCCGGCUCUUUGAAAGCUCUACUACUGAGUUUUUGUCAGAAAUAAUCAACACAGUGAAAAGAAAUUCAUCUUUGAAGAGCCUCAAACUGCCUGGGAAUCGCCUUGGGAAUCACAGGCUGGUUGCUCUUGCAGACAUUUUCUCUGAAGAUUCCUCCUCUUCUCUUUGCCAGCUGGAUGUCAGCUCAAAUUGCAUCAAACCUGAUGGGCUCCUGGAGUUCACGAAGAAGCUGGAAGGCCACAUCCAGCAGAGAGGGGGACAGAUUCAGUUCACACACCUCCGCCUCUUCCAAAAUUGGCUGGACCAGGAUGCUGAAACAGCUCAAGAAGCGCUUCGGCGUCUCAAAGCUGUGUGCAGUGUGGUCAAUGACUCAUGGGACUCCUCCCAGGCCUUUGCUGACUACAUCAGUGUCAUGUGA